UCAGGAGAGUUGCAGUGCGAGCAGGAGGGAGAGAAACACAGGUACAGGUACAACAGUAGCAGCUGCAGCAGCCCUUCAGCCAACAGCAUCACAGAAAAUACCCUCUGCUACACUCAACUGGAAGAAGAUGGAAACGGACAAAGUGAAUUUCUCACCAGCAAGCAGUCCUCCUCUCAGAGAUGAGCUAAGACAAACAUCUCAGCACAGUUUCUACCUAAGCCCACCUCCCCUCUACAUUAAGCCCCCCAAAUUCUACCCAAGCAUAUCACCCAGCAGAGACUCCUACAGUGCGUUUAGCCCCCCUGCUUUCAUUCCCAUGCUUGGCCCUGGUUAUACCCAAAAGGAAGGAUCCCAAAAACGCAAAAGAACUCCUUUCAAAAUGGACCCCCAUGGAGGGGAAUCUCCUGACAGGGGAUCAGAGGAGGCAGACGAAAGCAGCAGUAAGAAGACGGUGCACAUCUCCCACAUCCCCUUCUCCCUCCCAGCUCACCCCAUUGCUUCCCCAUCUCUUAAGCCUAUCCCUGGUAUGAUUGAGCUAAACAGACUGAAGCUUCAUCACAGAUCACCAGGUAUGAAUAUACCUGUUCAGGUGAAACAGGAGCCUCUCAGUCCUUCCCCCAUUUGGCCUCCCUCUCCUCUCCUACUCCACCCUCCCUACUUCCCACCUCUCCACCACAGCUUCCUCCCAUACCGCUUCUUCAUGCCCAGCCCCGUCAUGCACUUCUCCCCUGGUUCUUUCUACCCAAGAGAGGACCUCCGCCCCGUUCAUCGCAGCCGUGACGGACCUCCUCGCGGUGGGACAACCAGUGCUGAAAAGCUCGGUUUCAACGUCCACGUGGACGACAGUUAUUAUGUUGACGUGGGUGGAGACCAGAAGAGAUGGAAGUGUCGUAUGUGUGAGAAGUCCUACACAUCCAAGUACAACCUGGUUACGCACAUCCUGGGGCACAACGGCAUCAAGCCGCAUGGAUGCCACCUGUGUGGGAAGCUGUUUAAGCAGCUGAGCCACCUGCACACGCACCUGCUCACCCACCAAGGCAUGAGGCCCCACAAGUGCCAGGUGUGCCACAAGGCCUUCACUCAGACCAGUCACCUGAAGAGACACAUGAUGCAACACAGUGACGUGAAGCCAUACAGCUGCAGUGUGUGCGGCAGAGGCUUUGCGUACCCCAGUGAGCUUCGUGCCCAUGAGCUGAAACACGAGAAAGGACAGGAGAACGUAUGUGUGGAGUGUGGUCUGGAUUUCCCUACACUUGCCCAGCUGAAGAGGCACCUGACCGCCCAUCGCGGCCCCACCCUGUACAGGUGUGCAGAGUGCCAGAAGACGUUCCAGUACCCAAGCCAGCUUCAGAACCACAUGAUGAAACACAAAGACAUCAGACCGUACAUCUGCAGCGAGUGUGGGAUGGAGUUCAUCCAGUCACAUCAUCUGAAACAGCACACGCUCACUCACAAAGGGGUGAAGGAGCACAAGUGUCGCAUCUGUGGUCGUGAGUUCACCCUGUUGGCCAACAUGAAGCGCCAUGUCCUCAUCCACACGAACAUACGGGCCUACCAGUGCCACAUGUGCUUUAAGAGUUUUGUCCAAAAACAGACUCUCAAGGCUCACAUGAUCGUCCACUCGGACAUCAAGCCCUAUAAAUGCAAGCUUUGUGGGAAAGAGUUCAACAGGAUGCACAACCUAAUGGGCCACAUGCAUCUCCACUCAGACAGCAAACCCUUCAAAUGCCUUUACUGCCCGAGCAAGUUCACGCUGAAGGGAAACCUCACCAGACACAUGAAGGUCAAACACGGCGUCAUGGACAGAGGGCUGGAUGAAAGAUUAUUUCGGCAAAGAGGGCGAUUCUGCCUGUCCACUCCCAUGGGCCUCCUCACCCGCUUCAACCAAGAGGAGCCGUUUGACCUUUCCCAGAAGCCCCCGGGCCUGCCCAGCCUCCGCCUCUCCCAAUCUGAUGGCGAGAGCGUCCCUGGAAGCUCGUGUCAGGAGGAGGAUGAGGAGAGUUUGUACAGAAGGAGCCAGUACAGCCCUGAGGUGGACCAACACGAACCGACAGGCAAGGACCGGUACAUCCCUGAGCUGGAGAAGAGAGGGCAGGGAUCUCCAGCUGAUCUAAGGCCAGGGGAGAAGCAGAAAGAAAUGUAUCAGCAUAGUUUGGAUGAACAUGCAUAUGAGAGGGAGUCAGCAGCAGAAAGUGACCAAGCGCAGCUAAUAAAGUCAGAAGAGAUGUCCGACAUAGCCUAUGAGUCUGAUUUAGGUGAGCAGGUGUGCCACCAUGAGACAGGCCGUAGACAGUCGUAUGAUUAUGAAUCUGAUUCAGAACUAGAAGAUGAUCACCAAGAGCUAGACGAGGCAGAGCAAAGCAAACAGCAGAUGGAUGGCUGUUGUGAUGCAGUCAUCGAUGUAGCAGAGAGCAAACAGAGCAGGUCGGAGACAAGUGAAAUAGCGCAUCGCUUGCGCACAAGUGAAUUUAUGGGAGUUACGGUUUCACGGGAGGAAGAAGAAGACUACAGUGAAUGAGAAGAACGAGAGGAAGAUUUUUAGGGAAGGUUAAUGUUUGUUUGACAGUGAAGUGGGAGGAAAGUGUGUAGGUCUCUAAAUGAAACUGAUUAUGGAGGAAGUGGUAUAGUAGCUUAGCAUUAGAAAAGGAAAGAUGACCCUGUUGUGAUUAUUAACAAAGCAAAAAAUAACAUUGAAGUAACUGAAAUACAAAGCUGUGAAGCGUAAUAUGUACAGAACAUAUCAUAAACUGAUUAACAGUCACUGACCGAAGGUUAAUGUGCGUUUAUGAGUGGGGAAGUAUGAUUAGAGAGUGGCUUUUUUGUAAAUAACAUAUUUUUGUUUUGUUUUUUACAAAUAAUUUUUAAAUAUUGACUCAAAUAUGCAAUUUUGCUUUAACUUUGACUUUUUAAAGGUGUAAAUCUAUCAUAUUAAAAUAAAAAACGUUAUUGCUCAAACCAUUGUGCAUGUUUUUUAUUUUGUUUGACAGGUAUGACAAAGCUUGAGUUUCUCAAAUCUGAGUGUCUUUAUGAACUGAUUUUGUUUUUUGAUUUAUGUCUAAUGUUUAGAUUCUAUUUUUUAUUAUUAUUUUCUAUUUGUCUUUGUUCUGUUUUGGGGAUGGUUGUUUUUUUUUUUAUUGUAUGUCAGUGUAUUGGUCACCUGAAUGAGAUUCUGUAAAAGAAAUACAAAAAUAAAAUCUUGGAUGCAUGAACCUGUGCAAAGAA